ACGCUCAAUUUUCGUCGUUGGCCAUCGUCAACCCCACCCCGAGGUCGCCAAUUGUCCGUCUGCCUCCAUCUUCUUCUUCACUUCCCUUUAACCCCCCGUGGGAUCAUCACGCUUCUCUCGCGUUGCGACCUCAGCGACUUUGUUCCAUAACCAACCCCGAAAACUCAAUUCGCGAUGUCCCGAUUCCUCCGUCCCGCAGCUCGCCUGGCGGCGUCCUCCAGAGCUACCGCACUCCGCUCCUCCCCCAUUUCUCAGUUCAUUACCCGACCCGCUGCCUUUUCCAUUCAGUCAAGGACGUACGCCGACGCCAAGGGCACCAAGGACUACACUGUCCGCGAGGCUCUUAACGAGGCCCUUGCCGAGGAGCUCGAGGCCAACGACAAGGUCUUUGUUCUGGGCGAGGAGGUCGCUCAGUACAAUGGCGCGUACAAGGUCACAAAGGGUCUGCUGGACCGCUUCGGCGACAAGCGUGUCAUUGACACACCCAUCACUGAGAGUGGCUUCUGCGGUCUCGCCGUCGGCGCCGCCCUGAGCGGACUGCACCCUGUGUGCGAGUUCAUGACCUUCAACUUCGCGAUGCAAGCCAUCGACCAGAUUGUCAACUCGGCUGCCAAGACGCUCUACAUGUCCGGCGGUAUCCAGCCUUGCAACAUCACCUUCCGCGGCCCCAACGGUUUCGCCGCUGGUGUUGGUGCUCAGCACUCCCAGGACUACUCAGCGUGGUACGGCAGCAUCCCUGGUCUCAAGGUCGUUGCUCCCUGGAGCGCUGAGGAUGCCAAGGGUCUCCUGAAGGCUGCCAUCCGCGAUCCCAACCCCGUCGUCGUGCUCGAGAACGAGCUCAUGUACGGCCAGUCCUUCGCCAUGUCGGAGGCUGCCCAAAAGGAUGACUUCGUCCUGCCUUUCGGCAAGGCCAAGGUUGAACGCACCGGCAAGGACUUGACCAUUGUCACCCUGUCCCGUUGCGUCGGCCAGGCCUUGAUUGCUGCGGAGAACCUGAAGAAGAAUUACGGCGUUGACGUCGAGGUUAUCAACCUGCGCUCCGUGAAGCCUUUGGAUGUGGAAGCGAUUGUCAAGUCUGUUAAGAAGACCCACCGCCUCCUGUCCGUUGAAUCUGGCUUCCCCGCCUACGGUGUCGGCUCCGAGAUUCUGGCCCUGACGAUGGAAUACGCCUUCGACUACCUUGACGCACCUGCGCAGAGAGUUACAGGCGCCGACGUUCCUACCCCGUACGCCCAGGGACUUGAGGAAAUGAGCUUCCCCACCGAGCAGAUCAUUGAGAACUACGUUGCCAAGAUGCUGCGCCUGUAAGGAAGUUGGUUUUGCGUGAUGGAAGAGAGAAGAAGAGGCGUGGGCAGGCUCAUCCUUGUGAAGCUCCCCGAUAAAGCCGAUUCAUAAUGGGCUAUUGGGCUCGAUAGACUUAGGGAGAAGCUUGUACUUGUAUGUUGCUCAGUUGUCAUAUACACAUCUCAUACCAUGGGGAUACGACUAGACGUGAA